AUGCCAACGGCCAGCGAUGUCCAAGCGGCCCUCGCCCACCUUCUCUCGUCCCUCCCGCCAGGGGCGAACCCCUUCAACGCGCUUCACAAAUGGCUGUGGACAACCCUCAAGCACGACAUGCCCAAGUCCUUCUACAUCCAGCUCUACAUCCUCAUGGGCAUCUUUGCGUUCAACUUCAUCGUCUUAGCUAUCUCCAUCGGCCUCCAGAUAGCCUACAAGCGCUUCUGGGUGUGGCGCGUCGAGGCCGGCUCUCUCCGUCCUCACGCUUCGCACACUUGGGCAGUCCCAAUCGCCCUCUUCUACCCACUAGCGAUUUUCACGAUUGCGCGGUCGCUCCCGUGGUACCGAGGAACCGGACUCGUCGACGAGUACAUCGGGCUGCGGUUGACCAUGUUCUGGCUUCCCGGUUCUGGCGCUUGGCUCGCCACCCACGCCCUCGCUGCCGGCUACAUCCAGCAUGUCUACAUGAACAGCCCCGACUCGUCCGGCGCAAACAAGGCUCAAAGGCGGCUUACUUGGGGCGUCCUCCUUGAAUGGCUCGCCUUCCUGAUCUCUAUGGCGCCCUUCUGCGCCGUUGCGCAUCAUCACUGGACGAAGUCGCUCGACUUGGUCCGCGACAUCGAUGCCAAGCUGUUGCAGCAGGCUGCGGCAUUCACCGGCUCGUUCUCGACAAACGACAUUGCCUGGCUCGGUCCGGCGCUUCUCGCUCGAGGCGGGCAGCAGCUCAAGGUCAUCAACAGCGUCCGCAUCGUCUUCGGCCUGUAUGCCGGCUGGCUCGUCGUCCUCGUCUCGUUCGUCGAUAUUGCAGGCGGCUUGCACCUUCGCUCGCUUGGCCAGAUCCUCAGGCGAUUCGAGUCGAUCAGGCUGGACGGGCAGCCUGAGCGGAGCGACAGUCGGCAGAUGCGUGUUUUCCGGCAAACCUACGCAGGCCUCGUCGGAACGGUGGCGGUCUUCACCGUGGUUUGCUUGAGCAUAAUGGCGUUCGCGCUCUUCCUCGCUGUAAGACCUCAGCAAGCCUUGACCGACCCUACAUCGAUGCAGGCCGUCGACCUCGGCAUUUACUACGUCCACGCUGUCUUCGGUGGGAUCAUCGGCCUCAUCCUCCUCCGAUUCACGCUCACGACGACCAUCUUCGCGCAACCGGGCGACCACUCGCUCUCGAUCUCGGACCCAUCUUCGCAAAGUCGCGGCGGAACUUUCUCAGCCUCGAAACGCACCUCUCGCUCAGCCAAGCGUGCUCACCAGACCAUGGGAAUCGGCGUCUCGACCGUCGUCGAGAUUCGCCACGAGGACGGAACGGACGUCGGCGGCGAGCACUUCGAGUUGCAGCCGGCGAGAGGGCUCUUUACGCCUUCUUCUGGCAGCGACGACGCCAAGCUCGACGAGAAGGAGCUUGGCAGGCUGGACGAGGCGGAGGAGAAGGGCGUAUCGGAGCUGUACUUCCUUGACCUGGAGGGAAAGCGGGAGAACGGACGAAGGUAA